AUGGAAUCAAAAGCGACGAUGACAGUAGCGCAAAAGUCGUCCCAUUUUUCGGAUUUCCAACAAUUUGCUAUUAAGGCUCAGAGUGGAUGA